UUAAAAGUUAGACAUCUUAAAAUAAGUUAAAAUUCCUCGUUCAAUAAGCACAAUAAAUUAAAAGGGGGUUAUGAAGAAAUUGAAUAAUUAAUCAAUGUAAACCAUUGUUGAUAAAUUACCUCCAAUUCAUCCAGAGCCUUUAUAGCGUAUACAGACUGAGUUAUAAGGUGAAUAGUAAUGUGUGAAAUACGUAAUUGCCAAGUUUGAUUAAUUAUGAAAUAUUAUAGAACAUUAGCAGGUUAAACGAAUAGAAAGAAAUUGAAGAUUAAUUAAGACAGUUUGAUUGUUAAGAAAUAUUUAUGUAAUUAGAUUGAUUGGCAUUUAUUUGGAGUAUUUGAUGGUCAUGGAUAGAACGGACAUAUAAUAUCAUAAUUAAUAUCAAGAUUGAUGCCUAAAGUUUUAGAAUAUAAAUUAAUUGAAAAUAGGACCAGCAAUACUAAUGAUAUAAAAUAAAUUUUAAUUAAUACAUUUUAACAUAUCGAAAAUGAUUUAGUAAAAGUGUAAUUUAAUUUAGGUAGAUAAUUCUAAUAUUGCUUGUAAUUUUAGUGGAUCAACAGCAAUUGUAACAUUAUUGAUGGGGUCGAAAAUAUAUUGUGCUAAUGUAGGUGAUUCUAGAGCAGUAUUCUUUUAUAGAUUAGGUGAUACAUGGUUUAAUAGAGCUUUAUCAUUUGAUCAUAAACCUAAUAAAUAAAUAGAACUUAAGAGAAUUAUAGGUUAAGGAGGUAGGGUAGAAUAAAGUUUUUUUGAUGGUAAAAGAUAGGGUGCAUAUAGAGUAUGGUUACCUCAUGAUGAAAUACCAGGAUUAGCUAUGUCAAGAUCUAUUGGAGAUUUAGUAGCUAAAUAAGUUGGAGUAAUAGCAGAACCUGAAAUAUUAAGAUUUAAAAUACCUAAUAAUGGGUUUAUUUUGAUUGGUAGUGAUGGUUUAUGGGAUAAAAUGGAUUAUGAAAGUAUUUAAAAAAUACUACAUAUAUACUAUCCUCCAUUAAAUCAAAUAGAUGUUGAAUCUGCAAUUUAAAGAAUACUGGGAGAAACCUAUACAAAAUGGGAUUAGAUGGAUUCUGCUAGAGAUGAUAUUACAAUUAUACUAAUAUAUGUUGAAAUUUGA